AUGUAUAAGGUCGUUGAGGGGUUUUCUUUUCAGGAAAGUAUCGCAAAACCCCCACAUUUCAAUACAUGGACGAUAGUACAUGGUGAGACAAUGGAAACUGAUUCACAAGCUCAAUUGGUAUUAGAACCAGAUGAACUGAAAACUUUCGAAUAUGCUUCAGUACGAGUUCCAUGUGAGAAACUAAAUGCUGCUUUUCGCAGUCAUCAUUUAUUAAUUGGCAAACAUAUACAUGAGAUUGAUAAUGUUACCAAAAAGCUAAAAGAGGAAUUCAGAUCUAGUUCAAAUCCUGAUGCCGUUCCUUUAUUAAAAAGUAAAUCUAAUAAUUUGAAUAAGAACGCCGAAUGGGCCGAACAACGCUUUAAUCGUAUAAUUGUGGAUUAUUUAUCGCGGUCAGGAUAUAUAGCGACGGCUAAAAAACUGGCUGAACAGUGUGGAAUAGAAAUGAUGUGUAAUAUAUCUAUAUUCGAGAAUGCAAAGAAAGUGGAAGAAAGUAUUAAAAGGCAUGAAACUGGUGAACUUAUCAAUUGGAUAAUGAACAAUCGAUCGCGGCUACGUCGAUUGCGAAGCACUUUAGAAUUGCAAGCUCGUAUGCAAGAAUGUAUUGAAAUGGUUAAACAAGGUCGAAGGAUGCAUGCUGUUAUUUAUUCAAAAACAUAUUUCCGUAAGUUACCGGCUGAGUUAUGGACCAGUCAGCUUAUUCAGCUUAUGGGUUUUAUCGGUUUUGGAAUGCAAAUGGCAGAUACGUACCAGAAUUUUCUAAGUGAAGAUAGGUGGGACUUUCUAUUAACUCAGUUUCAGCAAGAAAAUGCUCGAGUUUUCCAGAUUGAGAAUAGCAAAUUAUUUAAUGCUUGCUUUUGCAUGGGUGCUUCAUCACUGAGGUCUCCAUUUUGUAAACCACAUCAUGAUGCUCAGUGUAUAACAUGUUUGCCUCAUAUUUAUAGUGAAACCUAUGAUCUUCCUUAUGCUGAAGCAAAAAAAACCGAAUUGAUAUGUCAACAUUGCAAUGAUAUAAUUGAUGAAAAUAAUCCGGCAUUUAUGUUACCGAAUGGUUAUUGUUACUGUGAAAAAAGUGUAGAACAGCUGAAAAAAGAUAAUUCUAUCAAAUGUCCGAAAACAGAUCAAGUUUAUCAAAUGAGUACUGUCGUUCCCGUUUUUACGCUCGUCUAA